UUUGACUGCAGUUUGAAUGCAUUGAUAGUUAUUAGGCAUUGAAUCGAUUGUCACAAUCAGUUGUGUCCGCAAAACCCACAACCGAUGGCUCGGAAGCGCAUUAAGAGGGAACCGAUGGACACGACCGACACCGCGGACGCCACUCCGGCCGACACAACCACUCCAUCCAAAGGCAGAUCUAAGAAGAAGGCGCCGCCGAAGAAGACAUCGACCGCUGUGUCGACCGCCGAGAAGACACCGAAAUUCAAAUGCAGUCAAUGUUUGAGUGGUUUUGCGGCCGAAGAAGACAUUAAUGAACACAUCUUUCGACAACAUUACGGACUCGCCCGAAUCAAUGACGACACGAAGACUCCGUUCACCGAAAAAGAGAUUAUUAAGGCUCUAAUCAAAGCCCAGAAAGUGAUGAAAACCCUGAAGUGUCAUAACGUCGGCUGCGAUAAGACAUUUAAAUCGGGUCUCGGAUUGAAAAUGCAUUGGGAAUUAUGCGGCAAAAGUGAAGAAGAAUUGAAUACAAAUUGCGAGAUCUGUGGUAAGGGUCUAAAGAUAUCGUCGGUUUCGUAUCACAUGAGAAUGUCUCACAGCAACAAACAUACGGCAAACGAACCGACCGAAGACAUGGACACUGUUGACGAAGAACUAGAUGAACCUCACAGUAGAUCGAGAAAGAGAUUAUCGGCCAUUAAGUAA